CAAGAAAAUGGGCAAGAACGCGGCAAAAAGAGUCAAACUGCCUUCAUUGUGGUUUUCUCAUUCUCCCCAUUUCGGCCCUGCGCGUCUGUUUUAUUAGUAUACUGUCCAACGGCUGUGUUCUCAGUUUUGCGGAUACUGUGAAAGGUGAAACACCUGGAAAACAUCUACUGUGAAUGAGUGGAAUGGUCUGUCGGAUAAAUAACUUAUAAAUGGUGUAUUAGUGAAUUUGCCGAGCCAGAAACUCACGGCAAUCAAUUCAAUAUUGAUGAAGAUACAGUUUUCAGUAUAUUUGUGCCUAAAUACCAGUGCCAUUCAGUGUUUAUUUGUCACGCCGUGCAACCGACUGAAUACAUACUUUUCGAUAUAGAAGCAGUAUACAAAGGAAUUACUGUACAGCAGUGGCGUAGUGAGAUGAAAAUCACUUUGUGCAAACAGUGAAAAGUCUAUUCUUAGCUCAUAAUAAUGCUGAAUUUGUACUUUGUGAAUUUUCAACGUUCAAAUAUUCUCACUAAUUUAUAAUUAAAUCAGAUUAUCGCAACGAGACGAUGCAAAAAAUGGGCGGAGCUUUCUAGUGGGCGUGUCUACUGAGAAAUAUUCAUAUUCCAACGCACUCAAUAAGUUUUGUUCAUUAGAAUGUCUUAAAUUCUGCUCAGAUUACUACGCCACUGCAGAGUGUAUUUCAUCCAAUAACUCCUCAGCAAACGCUGUGUGUUCGUGCAGUUCAUGCCGGUAGAUGUUGAUUGGUGAGAGGGUCAGUAAUGUAUCGCCCGAGAGUUUCCACGAAGAAUAAGCGCACCUUCAAAACCUGGAACAGGGAAAGGAUAUUCCCAAAUGCCCUGGAGGCGGAGAAGGCCGUUCUGGAUGAAGGAUGCUGGACGUAUCGCUUCAAGAAUCACACUUACGAGGGCAUCAAGAAGUAUUAUGAGUGCAAAUUCAAGAAGUACAAGAGAUGUUUGCAGCAAAUACACUUGAUGUUCCUCACCAACUCGCAGGAAGUGCAUCUGUUCAGGACGAAUCACAGGCACAAUCAUCACAUGGUUGGUGAGCAGUUGAGGCCGGUUUCCAUGAUAGUGCCGCCGUUGUUGCGACAAAUUGCGCAACACGAGCCACAGGAUGCACAGGAUAUUACUUUUCGGCCAAAUCUGGCGAUUGUCAAGGCGGAAACGCUCGAGGAGCCCUUCGAGGAAUCUAAUCAAGAUGAUUUCCUCAUGGAUGUGUCGCCGAGUGAGAGCUUCGCCGAGAAUGAGUUGGGCUCAAAGAGGCAGAAGCGCAAUUGGAUAAGGGAAGAGACCUUCGCGUGCCAGCGAGAAGCGUGCGAAUUUGUGCGCCAAGAGGGCUGCUGGGGAUACAGAUUCAGCAACACGACGCUCGAUGGCGUGAAGAAUUACUUCCGCUGCAAUUUGACCAGGACGAAAGGCAAGCAGUGCGCACAGGAAAUCUACUUGGCCUUUGAGAAGAAUUCACCGCUCGUGCACUUGUACAGGACCAACUGUGACCACACUCACGACAGCAUUAACGAGGAAUUCAGGAGCUCGAGUGCUCCAGGAACGUCACAUGCUCACCACAAUGCGGAAUUCACGCCCAUCAAAGUGGAGAUAUCGGAUUCCUCCUCCGAGGAUGCUUCAUUUCAAGAGGGACUCAACAUUUUCGACAUUGAUGCUGUGACUCAGGCUCUCUUUGUGCCUCAAAUGGACACUGUGGCCCCGCAAAUGCACUCCAUGAGAUCCAAGAGCAUUUGCCAGAAGAGUUGGGCGAAGGAGAGGACUUUCUCGUGUGCUGAGAGCGCAGAGAGAGUGCUGAAAGAGGAGGCGUGCUGGAGUUAUCGCUUCAAGAACAACACGUCCGAGGGUGCGAAGAAGUACUUUCGGUGCAAUUUGGCCAGAAGGCGCGGCACGCAGUGCGCCCAAGAAGUACAUCUUCUCUACGAGGCGAAUUCCCCCAGAGUUCAUCUGUUCAGGACAACAAGUGAGCACACGCACGACGUGAAUGAGGCGCAGGGUAUUAAUAUGGAUCCCCUUGUGAGGGAUGAGAUUUCAAUGCUUUACCGGCAUAAUGUGCGCAAGCCCAAGGAUAUUUGGCAAAUGCUGCAGAAGAAGCCGCGGCAGAAACUUCCAUCAUUGCGGCAAAUAUCAAGUUUCGUGAUUCGCCUGAAGAAGAAGCACGAUAUCAGUCACACUUCUGCAAACAGCUUCGAGGACGUUGUCAUCAAAUCGGAACCUGAGGAGUACAUUCAAUUGUUCUCCUCGGGAGACUUAUCUUCCGAGUGCGAGGAUGGUGGAGAGGUCAAAGAGGCCCCCCCGGGCGCCCGGCCGCCGCCGCUGCAGCAGCAGCCGCUCCCGACCGGUGGGCCACCCAACAUCCCGCCACCCCCAGGUGAGAACUCUUGGCACUGAGUAACCGCUCGCGAGGGAAAUCGCUCUUGCCAUUGUGUGGCAGAUGCACACAAUUGUUUAAUCCUUGGAAGAUAAAUUGUUU